UCGGAAGCCGCAUGGUCUAAUAGUUUCAGUGAAUCAGAGUCUGCUUUGGCGAGAAACGCUCAUCAUACUUUUACUUUACCAAAAGUUAGCACCAGUUGCACGCAGAGACAAUACAAAAUUCAAAGAUGUCUGACCAGCUCUACGCCGUCGCUGACUUCUGUCUCAUCCCCAUGGGUCUUUCUGUCCCUUCUGUUGGCCCUCAGAUCGCAGAAUGUCAGAAAGUUCUUGAGAAGUCUGGACUGGAAUACAAGUUGCACGGUUACGGAACUAACAUUGAAGGUCCCUGGGAUGAAGUUAUGAAGGCGAUCGGAGACUGUCACAAGGCUGUUCACGCCAUGGGUACCCCUAGAAUUGCGACCGAUAUCAGGAUUGGUACUCGAACGGACAAGAGUAUCACCUCUGGAGGAAACGAUGGGAAAGUCAAGCGUGUCGAAGAGAUCCUCGCCAAAGAGUCAUCCAAAGCAUAAAUAAUUAAAAGGAACGGAUGGGCCUGGGACAGAAGGAUAAAUGCAUCCUACAAGUAUAAAUUCUU